CGCACCAACAAAAGGCGAACUCGGAGCGACAACGGUGGCCGGCGACCACACCAAGCGACGCUGAACGAGACUCGAUGGGCGAUGUUGACAUGGUUGGCGAUCGGCCCGACGGGUCUCUCUCGCCGCAGCAACGAGCCAUGUCCAGCCACGACCGCGGGCAUGGCGAGAAUGGUACAGUGGCUGAGUACUGGAAGCAGGUAGAGCGGAUGUCCAAUGCGACCGAAAAAACUCCCCGUGUGCGAUGUCGGUAGCAUGGAGCGCUCAAGGCGUCGUAUCAGGAUGAAAUCAACGCAAUGUACAACGCGUUCCGAGCACGCAUAUCCCAGGACUCGUCGGUCGACGACGCGAUCGCGGCCGAGAAGCGGCAGGUUGAAUUCGACAUGGAAUCUGUCACGUUUUGCAAAGUUGUGCUGGACGAAUCGGCCAGUACCCAAAGCACACCUCGAACAUGGGACGACCUCGCGCGUGUGCGAAAGUAUAUUCAAAUGGUGGUGGUGCCGUACAUGGCAAAGAUGGCCCCGCCGGUUGUGGCGCCGUCCGACCCAGCGCCGGCAUCGGACAUUCAAACCAACGUCCACGUGGCAUGGGCCGGCCGACGACACAACUCAUCGCGGGGUGGCCGACCAGCGAUCGAUCGCUCCGUCGGCGGUGUGCCAGCCAGCUACAUGAAUCACGCGUCAGCAGCACCGUCGGCGGCAAGCUCUCCCGUCGCAACUUCGUCCCAAGUGUCGAUACAAUCCGAGGAUGUCGAGGCGUCGUCGGGUGGAGAAAACAACGCGAACGCGGUUGAGUACUGGCGCCAGCACGCCGCGCUCAAAGCCGCGCAUUACGAAACAUGCAAGGUCGUCUACCACGCGUUCCAGCACUUUCUCGUGACGUCGUCGGCCGACCAGGAUGCUUCCCAACGCCAGAAGCUCACGUACUUGCUGGGAUUCGUCGAGUUUUGCUGCCAUGUCCUGAGCGAGUCGAGCGCGACGCACCCGGCGAGACCGAUCUCGGAUUUGAAACGAGUCGUCAAGUCAGUGAACAAGAUUAUGUUGCCGUAUCGGCACAAAAUUGGGAUGGCCGAGAAGGCAGCCCAUGCGACAGCCCAUGGCAGUCUACAAGUCGACGGCGGGGCCAUCCAUGAAGCACCGACGAUAAUGAUGGCGGCGGCAACGAAAUCCCCCAUGUCCAUCGCGUCCACAUCGUCGACUGCAUCUCGGACGACCGUCCUGCCGUCCGUCCAAAAUCUCUUGCAGCGUUCCUCGACCCGCGACAACGCGCCGGGAACGACCUACGCACAGCUCGACAGGAGGACGGAUCCCGCGGCCGACCAGUACUGGCACCACAAAUCGCAGCUCGAAGCGACGUACUUGAGGCAAGUGAUGGCGGCCCAAACGUUUUUCGACGCUUAUCGUCACAAAUUUGCCACACAACGCUCCCAGGAGCACCUUCAAGACGUGGUGCAUUUGUGCGACUACGCCGACUACUGCCGCCAGGUCCUGUCCGAGGACCGGCAGGCGGCGUCCCAGCGUUCGCUGCAAGAGCUUCACGUGGUCCAUUCGUACAUCACGGCGUUGGUCUUGCCACAUUUGGCGUCGUUGCAGGCGCUGGUCGACCGCGACAAUAGCACGGCGCCUGCGAUUCCCCCGACCGACGACUGCCACCGCAUGUCCAGGUUACAUCAACACACGGACUCGUUCUUGCAAGCGAUGGACCAGCCGAAGCCGGCAGUGGACAAGGAAGGGUCGCGCGGUUCGUCCGGGGCUGUUGUGGGAAUGUCCGAUCCAGCAUCGACGUACUGGCGCAAGCAUGCGGCCCUUCGAGAACUCUAUCGAGACAACGUGAUGCUAGUCCAAGCUGCUUUUCAAAAGUACGCCGCCGAAUUCGCCCAUGCAAAGUCGGCAGCAGAGGCGAGAAAGCUCACGCGCUUGUACGACAUGCUCGAACAUGUCGAGUUUAGCGCUAAAGUCUUCAACGAGCUGCCGGGGAAGGACGCGCCGCGAGACCUGGACACCCUCGACAUCGUCCAUCGCUGUAUCAUGCAAAUUGUGAGCCCGUAUUGCCAGCAUGUCGAAGCGGAAGCCAGAUCAUGAACAAAAGAGUCACGGUUAGGACAAACACAGAGUAACAGCGCAAGCUUGAGACAUGCCAGCGCCGUCGCUGCAUCGUCCGAUGUGUCAUGCAUGACAUACAAAACACAGCGAGUUGAUCACCCUACUGAGAUAUCUCCCUGGUGUUGGCA